AUGAAGUCGACCACCACUCUUUUGGCCCUCGCGGCUGCCGCUCAUGCUUCUCCUCUUGUAAUGAGACAAGAUGAGAACCAGAACACCCAUGUAUGGGACAACGUCGAUGCCAUGUGCAAAGACAAAGCAUGGCUUCUUGACACACCUGAAGGAGCUGCUCAGGUCUGGAAGGAUACUGCCGCUGACAAUGAGCUCGACGUUCAGAUACUUACGCAAUGGGAGCACGAGGUCAACUGGGCCAGGAGUCUCGAAAACAAGGUCACUGGUGGUGUCAGUGGAGAUUUUACACUUACUGACUGCGGUGUUACCGGAACUCCCUGA